UACUGUGGUUCAGUCGACGAACGAAAUUCGCCCCAACGAGGCAGCUGGCCAUAAUUGUACCGAGACCAGACCCAGACUUCCGUGGCAGUUGUGAAGUGUAGUUGGAGAACGAACAGCAAAAAGCAGCAAAAAGCAGAAAAAAGCAGCAGAAAGAAGGAAGCAAAGAAUAGGAAAAAUACACAGCAAAACGAAUACACAAAAUAUACACAGCGAGCGAUACAUAGAGGGAAAAAUACAAUACAAUAAACGAAAAGAAAAGAAAGCCACCAAAUACGAAAUUGCUGCUGGCCAAAUAUCGUGGAUAUAUCGGAACGGAACGCACAUAUUGGGAAAAGGUGAACAAAUAGCAAAUAACGAUUAAUACUACUAACCCCAGGGAACAGCACAGCCCAGCCGCACUAGCACUACUAACAACGAGAGCAAUAUGAUGAGCCAAGUGGACUAAUCGACUACUUCCUCUAUACACGUACGAAUCACCACCACCACCACCGCCACCACGCACACCCGUGAUUGAUGAUGACAACGCAGCAGCUUGUGGCAGAGACAGAGACAGAGGCGACAGGGGCAGCAGCAUCACCAGCAGAGGCAGCAGCAGCAGCAGCAGCACAGGCACAGCAUACAGGGAACAACAACGAAGCAGCAGCAGCAGCUAUGACAGCAGCAGCCACAACAGCUGGGCAGAAGCAGAACAAGCACAGGUCGAGGUCAUCCGCACGGUACGAUGACGUCGAAAAGCAGCAACGCAAGAGCCGGGCCAUUGUCUCCAUACCGAACACCAUCAAGCUGAGCAUGCUGAACAGCGGCCUGCUCUCGUUUGAGCGCAUUAAGCUGGAGGCACGCGACGAGAACAAUUCGCUGUCGAAGACGAUACCCAACGGACCCAUCGAUAUACGGCAUUUCCUGAAAUUGUGCGAUCUGCGCCGCAAGUUUCCAGUGCUGUACAAGCUGGAGUUCCAGACGGCGGCCAAGGUGGAGACGAACACCUGUCGGCAUGCGUUGAAGAAGAACAACCAGGAGAAGAACCAGAAUCCCAAGUGCAUUCCAUAUGACUACAAUCGGGUGGUGCUGGAGAAGGUGGGCGGACUGCAGGACUCGGACUAUGUGAAUGCCUCCUAUGUGGACAGUCUGCUCAAGCCGAAUGCGUACAUUGUGACCCAGGGACCGGUGCUGGAGACGGUCGUCGCCUACUGGCGCAUGGUCUGGCAGGAGAACAUCAGCGCCAUUGUCAUGCUGACCAAGACCUUUGACUUUGCCAAGGUGAUGUGCCACCAGUACUGGCCGGCCAACAUGGAGGUGCACGAGACGUACGGCGACAUUCACAUCAAUAUCGUGCGGGAGGAGCAGCUGGCCAACUUCCAUAUUCGCACCUUUCGCCUCUACAAGAAGAACGAGCAGGGGGAGGUGUGCGACGAGCGGCUGAUCCUGCAGUUCCACUACACCGAAUGGUACUCCCACUCGUGUCCCUUCUCCAAUGCCCUGCUCGAGUUCCGGCGCCGGGUGCGCCUCGUGGUGGGGAACAUCAUCAAGGACGAGGACGACAUGCGUGGACCCAUACUGGUGCACUGCAGCGAUGGCGGCGGUCGCUCUGGCGUCUACAUGUCCAUCGACGCCAAUCUGGAGCUCGCCGAGGAGGAGGAGUGCUUCAAUGUCUUUGGCUACCUCAAGAAACUGAGGCAGUCGCGCAAGGGUCUCGUGGAGAAUGUGGAGCAGUACAAGUUCAUCUACGACACCCUGGAGGAGCACAUUAUCUGCGGCAAGACCUGGUUCCCCGUCUCCGAGCUGUCGGAUCGCCUCAAGGCCAAGGCCCGCCGCAACUCUGGCACCAAGCUGAACGAGUACCAAAUGGAGUACGAUCAGAUCUGCAAGCAGACGCCCAGAUUCACCAUCGGCGACUGUGCGGGCGGCCAUCGUGCCGACAACAGGGAGAAGAACCGCGAUGUGCUGUGUGUGCCGCCGGACAAUUUCCGGCCGUAUCUCACCUCCUUCCAGGGCAACGCCUUCACGGACUACAUCAACUCGGUGUUCGUCGAUGGGUACACAAAGCCGCGCGAGUACAUCGUCACCGAGUGGCCCAUGAAGCACACUCUGGGCGAGUUCUGGUCGCUGGUCUACGAUCAGGAGUGCUCCGCGGUGGUGGUGCUCUGCCAGCCGCCCGCCCAGUCGCAGUCGUAUCCCUCCUUCUGGCCGAACAAGUCCAAAAUGGAGAAGUACGGACCGGUCUUCUCCGUGCACUACGUAAUGUCGAAGAGCUACACGAACAUCAAGCAGUGGGAGUUCAAGAUCAACAAGAAGAUCGUCUCGCUCACGGAGAUGAUGGCCGGCGUGAAGGCGCCGACGCGCACCGUCCAGCUGUUUCAGCUGACCUGCUGGCCGAUGGGCCACAAGGUGCCCAGCUCGACGAAUUCGCUGGUGUACCUGAUGAACAUGGUGGAGAUAUGGCGGAACAAGGUCGACUACGGCCCCGUCUGCGUUGUCUCGCCCGAUGGUCGCAGUCGGGCCGGUGUCUACUGUGCCGCGAAUGCGUGCAUCGAGCAGGUCAUCCAGCACGGGGAGGUCGAUGUCUUUCAAGCGGUCAAAACCGUGCGCCGCCACAGGCCGCAGCUGGUUGAGAAUAUGACCGAGUACAAGUACUGCUACGAUCUGGUACUGCACUAUGUCCUGCACUUUCUCAACAAGAAGGACUGAUCGGGGACU